AUGAGUUCAUUGGAGGUAAAAACUUUUAAAUUUGUAUUUUGGGCUUUCAAGCCAUGCAUUGAUGGAUUCCAAACAUGUCGCCCUGUUAUUUCAGUAGAUGGAACUCAUAUGUAUGGAAAAUAUGACAUAAAGUUAUUGAUUGCUGUUGGAAUUGAUGGAAAUGAUAACAUUCUUCCUCUAGCGUUUGCUAUUGUAGACAAAGAAUCGAAAGAGGCAUGGAAGUGGUUUUUUAGAAAUUUGAGUGCACAUGUGAUAAAGAAUAGAGAGGGUAUUUGUGUUAUCUUUGAUAGAGCAAAAGGGAUCUUGACUAGUUUGCAGGAGUUGCGGCGAUUUCAGAAGCCUCGAGUCUUCCAUCGAUUUUGCAUAAGGCAUCUUAAAAGCAACUUUCAAUCUCGAUUUCCAAACAGGGACCUUAGUAGGUUGAUGUGGAGGGCUGCUUCAGCCCAUCAAGUAAGGAAGUUUGAAUCCUUGAUGUGGCAAAUUAAAGAAGAAAAUGUAGAGGCAUACGAAUACCUCAUGGAGAUUCCCUUGGAAAAGUGGACUGUUAGCUAUGAUGAUGGAAAAAGAUGGGGAGUGUUGACAACAAAUCUUUCAGAGUCGUUUAAUGGAGUGUUGAAAAAGGCACGAGACUUGUCUGUCACUGCUAUGGUUAAACUUUCAUUGGAGCAAACUAUUAAACGAUAUACUCGUAGGUCUCAAAUAGCGCAACAACUUCAAGAACAAAAUGAGCUAUGGACCGGGAGGUUUAAGAUAAAGUGGGAGAAGAACUAUGAAAGUUCAAAGAGGCACUUUGUUUUUGAUUGGAAUAUACCCACAGGGGUAUACGAGGUUAGAUCUAUAGAGGUUGAUGGUACCGGUGGUAAUCCUCAUUAUGUUUCACUAAAUGAAAGAAAAUGUGAUUGCGGAAAAUGGGCUAAUUUGCAUUUCCCGUGUUCACAUGUCAUGAAGGUCACUGAUAGAAUGGGAGAACUAGCUAGAAAUUUUGUUGCGAGCAUUUCACAAUAG